GAGUGACGUGAUGUCUCAUGUCCGUGUCUCAGUGCUUCUUUGCACCAUGGUGUUGAUGUUCUUCUGUGCAGCAGGUGUUCCAGCUCAAAAGGAGAGCAGGGUGAAGAGGAGUCUACCCUACUGGAACCUGUGGUCCUCAGAUUUCUACGGCUGGGUGGAGGAGUUGCGAUCUCAGAGCGGAUAUGACACACUUAUCGACUUGGCAAGAACCUAUUGGGCUCAUUUUCCCAUAGCCAGCUUUCUAGGUUAUGACAGCACCCCUGGGCAAGAGGACCUUCCAGAGCAGGAGGUUGAAAACUGAAAAAUAUGUUGUGAUGUCUUUUCCCAAUGGGCUUCCCCAGUGUUAUUUUCCACUUCUAUUAUCUGGGCUAUACAGUAUCUGUUACAUGCUUUUUCAUUAACAUCAUCUUACAGCCUCCCAUCUGUUUUGUGAAUCAUUUUUCCAGGUCUAUCUCUGGCUUGCUCUUCCAUUCAUUGUUUUAUUAGGAGAUUGUGAGUGCUUAAAAACUAACUGUCUGCAAAAAUUAUCCAUAGAUUCAAAGUUGUUUAUUGUUAGUUCAGCAUUAAGCACACUUUGUAAAGCAAUGACUUGAAAUAUGCAUGUACAGCAUUAAAUAUACUUUAUGAAUGACAUCUGUUUUUAUUGUAUAAGGGGUUUGGAAGCCAAAGCUACAGCAGCUAUUUCAUA